UGCUCAUCUAGACACAAAAUAAUUUACAUGUAAAAUAUAAAAUCUGACAUGAAUAUAGACAACGAAUUAAGUUUACAAACGCUUUUUAUAGAAUCAUUAACGAAUGAUAAUGUUUUUAUGAUUGCAACGACUGUUGAUACAGGAUUCGAGUGGCAAGCAGUAGAUGAGUGUAAAGAAAAGUUAGACAAAAAUAUUAAAAUUAUUAAAGAGCGCGGGAAAAUCUAUUUUAAUAUACGCUGGAAUCAAUUUGCACAAAUACAGGAGCUAAGAUCUGUAGAUAAUGUAUUUAUUGUAGCAGAUAUUAGAAGAUUUGAAUUCUUAGGAGAUAAUAAAGAAGCUGAUUUACAAUUAUUUAAAGAUGCUGUGUAUAAUGAUAUGAAAUUAGAAAAGACUUUAAAUGCUUGGAAACAUGUUACUGGUUUUCAAGGGAAAAUAUAUCCAACUCCUGAUGAAUAUAAUUUAGCAGAAAAGGAUCGUAAACUUUGUAACACAAUUUUCUCAAAUACUGCAUCUAAGGGAAAGAAAAGGGGUCAAGAUCCAUCCGAUGCCAAAGAAGAUGAAGUAUUAAAAUACAGAGUAACAUGUGAAAGGACUGGCAAACAUAUAUUUGAAUCAGCUGAUGUUGCCAGAGCUAUUGGAGGAGAAUUACAAGAUAAAUAUCUUUGGCUUGUAGAUUUAUCUGCAUAUUAUUUAGAAAUAUUUUGUAAAUUAAUUGAAAAUGAAUUGGUAACAUGUUUACGUGUUACACCUGAAUCUAAACAUCAUAGGAAUAUUACGUGUUUUGGACCUACUACCCUUAGAGCAACUAUAUGUUAUAAUUUAUUAAGAUUAGCUCAUCCUAAUCCAGGGGAUAUAAUAAUUGAUCCAAUGUGUGGUAGUGGUUCUAUUCCAAUUGAGGCAACUUUAGCAUAUCCUCAAUCUUAUAUUAUCGGUGGAGACAAUCAUCCAAAAGCUGUACUUAGAACAAAAUGUAAUGUUGAUACAUCUUCUGAUAAAUGUAAAAUUGAUGUAUUACAUUGGAGUGUAUCACAUUUACCAUUUAAAGAUUCUUUUAUUGAUAUUGCUGUUACUGAUAUGCCAUUUGGAAAAAGAAGCGGACGAAUGAUGGACAACAGAAUACUUUAUAAGCAAUGUUUAAUAGAAUUAGGACGAAUUAUGAAAUUUACGGGUCGCGUAGUUCUAUUAACUUAUGACAGACGCAGCUUAGCCAUGGUAUAUCAUUAAAAUUCUUGAAACAAAUUAUUUUUUA